UUGUCUGGUGUUACAUGCAUGUAUGUCACAAAGUUAGGUACAAAACUACAAAUUCUGUUUUACUAGAUGUUUGAGCAGAUCCUUCAUCAGAGUCUCGAGUCUCAGGGUACAGAGGAGCUGUGUUAGAUCAUCCAGCACUGCCAGGACAGAGUCAUUAAGCACAUGGAGAAGAUCUCCAUGCUGGCUUUCCAUCCAGUUAAGAUGCACAGCUGCUAUGAGAAGGUGGUGAACCUGAGCCUUGAGGGUCUGCAGCAACAGUUUGACAUGUUUGAGCAGAUCCUUCAUCAGAGUCUCGAGUCUCAGGAUACAGAGGAGCUGUGUAAGAUCAUCCAGCACUGCCAGGACAGAGUCAUUAAGCACAUGGAGAAGAUCUCCAUGCUGGCUUUCCAUCCAGUUAAGAUGCACAGCUGCUAUGAGAAGGUGGUGAACCUGAGCCUUGAGGGUCUGCAGCAACAGUUUGACAUGCUUGAGCAGAUCCUUCAUCAGAGUCUCGAGUCUCAGGGUACAGAGGAGCUGUGUAAGAUCAUCCAGCACUGCCAGGACAGAGUCAUUAAGCACAUGGAGAAGAUCUCCAUGCUGGCUUUCCAUCCAGUUAAGAUGCACAGCUGCUAUGAGAAGGUGGUGAACCUGAGCCUUGAGGGUCUGCAGCAACAGUUUGACAUGCUUGAGCAGAUCCUUCAUCAGAGUCUCGAGUCUCAGGGUACAGAGGAGCUGUGUAAGAUCAUCCAGCACUGCCAGGACAGAGUCAUUAAGCACAUGGAGAAGAUCUCCAUGCUGGCUUUCCAUCCAGUUAAGAUGCACAGCUGCUAUGAGAAGGUGGUGAACCUGAGCCUUGAGGGUCUGCAGCAACAGUUUGACAUGCUUGAGCAGAUCCUUCAUCAGAGUCUCGAGUCUCAGGGUACAGAGGAGCUGUGUAAGAUCAUCCAGCACUGCCAGGACAGAGUCAUUAAGGUAACACACAAAGAAAACAGGCUUGUGCAUCAAAUUAUUGCAUCACAUCUACAUUAAUAUCUAAUAAUAUUACACCUGGCAUACUCCAGCCCUGGGAGUGAAACUUUUGG